AUGAGUGCCUCUGCUUCAAGUGAACGGUUUCACACAAUCGUCAUCCGCAAUGAUCUGCCAAAGAUUGAGAAACAAUAUCAAGCUGAAAAGCCCAUGGAUCUACCUGAAGCGAGCUACUGGAUCCAGCACGUCGUUAAUGAUGUCGGCGGUGGUCGCUGGAAUAGUAGUAUGGACUCUAAUCGAUUCAAGAUGCAGCAUAUGAUUUCCAAUGGAGCAUAUACAUCAUCUGCAUAUAGUCAUGCGGUGUUUCAGGCUUAUCUCAGCGCUUAUAAUUCGCAUGAAGACAUCGUCCUCUCGCCAGAUGAUCUAUGGCUCAUGGUAGCAAUUUACUUUGCAAAAUACGUAAAUGCUAAUGCUGAGAAGCUGCGACACCUCUUUGUCAACCACGAAGGAAAGGUCAAAUUAACCAUCGAACAGAUGCAACGUGAACCUGACUGGAACGCAUUUCUUGAGAGCAUGCGCAUCAAAAUAGGUGAAAAUGUCAAGAACGACGUUGUUUCUCUUUUGACUGCCAACUAUUCGACUACUGGCAAGGUCGAAUUGAUGUUGUCCUGUGCUACAAUCAUGAACACUUUCAAAAAUUAUUUUGACUACGGGCUUGUCAUGACGAUGUGUGGCAUUCGCAAAUUACACUUCUUAGGCACACUUGAUGAUUGGUUACUUCUUCGAGACAAGACGAAACAAUUACAAAGUUUUACAAUGCACAACGACGAGUUUUCGACCUAUGUUGAAGGACUCUUACCGGUGUUCAAUCAGUUCAUUAGCACUUAUCAGGGCAAUGUGGACAACAAAUUUUGGGACAAAAUCUUUAAUGUCGAACACGUUGGUGCUGGAUCAGGGAGCCGGACUAUGCUCACAGGAUGGUUUCUUCGACUCUGCUAUGGACUUCAUCAGAAAAAAUCAUGUAAUAUCCAAGAAGUUAAGUUAAAUUCAAUCGUCACUCCGGUUGAGUUCGAAAGCGAAUAUACGAAUGAAAAAAAGACAUGUUAUGUAGUGGGUGGGUUCCAUGGUAUUGAGAGUCGAGAUGGUUGGCACAAACCUGUUAUGUCUUUGGCCAUCGUGGACGAUCUUUCAACGAUCACACAGCGCAAACCACAAUCAGCAAAUGGCCGUUUUUCAUAA